GACAGAAUGCAGUAACAAGAAAGCUGAUUUUAUGUCUGAUACAUAUAUAUAAAAAAGAGAUACUGUGAUGUCUUGAACCCUUGGAGGGUUUUGAAAGUUCAUCAGGUUUAAAUGGAAAUUUUGGCUGCUGAGAGCUGUUUAAUGGCCCUUCAGUGAUUCACCAGUAGAUUCUAGGGCAUCAUUUCUUUGGUUUAGUGGGAGAGGUGGGGGGAAAAAUCAACUAAGAUAGCCCCAUCUGGAAAAUGUUUGCCAAACUUAAAAAGAAGAUUGCGGAGGAGGCUGCCAUUGCACCCCGGCCAGGAGGAGCUGCACGAAUCCCAAGGUCUAUCAGCAAGGAAUCUGUUGCUUCUGUGGGGGCUGACUCAGGAGAUGAUUUUGCUUCUGAUGGAAGCAGUUCUCGAGAAGACCUUUCAUCCCAGCUAUUUAGAAGAAAUGAACAGAUAAGGAAACUAGAGGCUAAACUUUCUGAGUAUGCUGAACAGGUGCGAAACUUGCAGAAGAUAAAAGAGAAGCUUGAAAUUGCAUUGGAAAAGCACCAGGAUUCUUCCAUGAGGAAAUUUCAAGAGCAGAAUGAAACUUAUCAAGCCAACAGAGCCAAAAUGGCAGAAGGAAUGGUUUUGGCAUUAGCAAAAAAGGACCAGGAAUGGGCAGAGAAGUUGACUCAACUUGAAAAAGAUAAAAGACUGUUAACAGCUCAGUUGCAGGAAAUGAAAAACCAAAGUUUGAAUCUGUUCCAAAAGAGGGAUGAAAUUGAUGAAUUAGAGGGAUUCCAGCAACAGGAGCUGGCUAAAGUCAAGCAUUUGCUUUUGAAAAAGGAAGAAAGUCUAGCAAAAAUGGAACAGGAAAUGGAGGCAAGAACCAGAGAACUAAAUCAUGCACAUGAGGAAUUGUUGGCCUCUGUUCGGGUGUCUUCAGAUUUAAGUUGUGAACUGGAGAUGUUGCAGAGGCAGUAUUCAGCGCUGGAAGACCAGAGGGAUCACUUGUUAGCUGCAGAAACAGGUGCAGAAAAUAAAAUUACUACUUUGGAGCAAAGGGAACAGGAAUUACAAGUGUUCAUUCAGCAGCUUUCUGUUGAUUUACAAAAGGCUCAGAUUACCGCAGCUUGUUCUGAGAAGAGGUUGGGCAUGAUGCAGGCUGAGCAUGAAUCUUUGAAGCUUGAAAAUGAACAGCAAAAUCAAAAGGCUGCUGUCAAAGCUGAAGAAAGAGAAAAACUCAUUGAACAUUUGCAGGAAAAAGUUUCAUCCCUGGAGAAAAGACUAGAAGGAAACUUGUCAGAUGAGGAACAAGUACAGGAACUACUUAAGGAGAAAACUAUUGCAGAACAGAAAUUGGAUGACACAAGACAGCAACUGUUGGCUGCUAGAACCAGUCAAGCUGAAACAGUUAGCCUGCUAGAGACCCAGAUCACAAACCUGUAUAGUCAAGUAACUGACAGCCAAGCAUUACUUCGUGAGAAAGAAGAAUUUAUAAAAGGAUUCAGAGAAAGCAGUCUUAGUCAGGUAAAAGAACUUGAGGAAAUGCUGCAGAUUUCAGAUGAGAAGCUCAAGAAAAGCAAUGAAAUAAUGAUUGAGAAAGAAGCCCAGAUUCAGAGGCUUUCCAGUUUGGCAGAAGAAAGCAAUAAACUGCAACAACACAUCUUGGUCCUGGAGCAGAAGAAUGUAGAGCAGGGAAACCGACUGGAGGCUGAAAUAGCUGCCCUUGAGAAAGCUCGAGAGUCUGACAAAACAGCAGCAAGUCACCAGAUACAUCUGCUAAAAGAAGAAAAUGCAAACCUUAAAGAAAAUAGAAACGAAUAUGAAAAUUCUUUAGAAGCCCACAAGCUUGAGCUAAAGAAAUUGAAGGAAGAAUGGGGCCAGAGGGAAACUGUUAGUGUGGAAAUUGCCAAGGCAUUGGAAGAAACCCGGAAACAAAAGGAAGAUCUUCAACAGCAGGUUGCUGAACUAACAACAUUAAUAAAUGAGAAGGAACAGUUUCUCAAUGAGAAAACUGAAGCUGUUCUCCAAAAAGAAGAAGAAAUUGACCAGCUGAAGAAAGGGCAUGACAUUGUCCUGCUACAAAUGCACCAGUUGCAGAGUGACAUGGAGGCUUGCAGGUGUAAAGAAGCCAAAAAGGAAGAAUCCAUAGGAAAAGAGAUGAAUGUGUUGAGGCUUCAGAUAGAAGAGGAAGAGGAGGAGGAAGAAGAGGAAGAAGAAGAAAUCCUUGAAACCCAGGAUGAGCCAAAUGUAAUUGGUUAUGGUGAAACAGUAAAGGAAUUGAGUGAUGAUUUAUAUCCACUCUCAAAUGAUGAAAGAACAUUGAAUGGAGAAGUGGACUGUGUUGAUAUGGUACAACUACAAAAAGAAAACCGAGACUUGGAACAGCAGAUUAUAGAGAAAAAUAAGACUAUAAAGCAGCUGCAGCAGAGAAUGCUGGAACUUAAGAAGACCCUCCAGAAGGAACUGAAAAUUCGGCCUGAAAAUGAUAUCUUUGAAGUUCGAGAGAAACCCAAUCCUGAAGUGCCUACUGCUUCCACAACUGUCACCAAUAACUCAGACUUAAAUGAUUCUCGAGAGAUAAAUUUUGAAUACCUCAAGCAUGUGGUUUUAAAAUUCAUGUCCUGUCGAGAAUCAGAGGCUUUUCAUCUCAUUAAAGCCGUGUCUGUGCUACUGAAUUUUUCACAAGAGGAAGAAAACAUGCUCAAAGAGACCUUGGAAUAUAAGAUGUCGUGGUUUGGGUCCAAGCCAUCUCCCAGAGGUAGCAUUCGGCCAUCCAUCUCAAAUCCCAGGGUGCCAUGGUCUUAAAAGAAACCUGCGAAUGGAAAUUCCAUAUGUAGCCACUUUUUCUAUGAAAAGAACACAGCACACCAGUCUGGGUGGGUUUUUUAAUCACUGUAAUUGCAGUAUUUUGUACAAGCUUUGAAACAUUGUUUACAAGACAAAUAAUGGUUAGAGCUUCCUUCAUUGCAAACUGACAGUCGCAAAAUAGGACGGGUUUCAGAGACAGGGCCAGUUUUGAAAGGAAGGGGUUGCUUUCCAUAGGCUUUUGUGGGUGGGACAACAAUUAGCUAAUGGGAAACUCCUCUUUCACAUAGUGCUGCUAUAAAUUCCCACUUUGGGCCCUUGAGGGUUUGCAUGUGGAUUUCUCUAACCCCUAGUACUAGCACUUAAAAGUUAUAACUAUUAAUGUCUGUCUAGAAGGCUGAAUGCCAGUGGACAGCUAGUGCUGUGAGGGGUUAAAGUGACUGACAUUAGUAGUACAGGACAACCUGAUUCCUCCAAGUUGUGUCUUGCUGAAUUUCCCAGCUGAACCCCAAUAUGGCCUCACAUUUUGUAAAAAGCCUUUCUCGGCAUUUCCUUUCUAGUGGUUUGGAUCACGGGAACAGCAAAAUACUAAACAAUCCUUAAUCCUACCCACCAAUUCCUGAAGCUAGGUAUGUCCUAACUUUAGAAUGUGUCAGAAGAUAUGAUUUAUGCCUUGGGGGCUGGUAUUAGUGAGGAAUAUGCAACUUUAUGGAGGGAUCUCGUUUUACUUUUCUUAAAGAAAAAAAAUAUUAAAAAAGGUGUUGCUACAGUACUGAAUACUCAGUUGCCUUUUUAAACUCACUAUGUCUUGUACAGGUUGCUGGUAAACCAUUUUAAAACAUACUUUUUAAAGCCAAAUUUGCUUGUAAACAUUUCUUGUCUUGCAGUCAGUUUACCAGUGUUGAAAGAGAAAAAUCAAGAGAUAAAAGGAAAUGCCUUGCACCCUAGAUUCUGUUUUUCCCCCCCUCCAAUUUGAUAGCACUCUUGGACAAUCACCUGAGAAUUCAUUAUCAGUAUAUCUUAUUUGUAGCAGAGACCUGGAUUUGUUCUCAAUUCUAUGCACUUGAUACUGAGCAAAUUUUGAUAAAAUAAGGAAAAACUAUAUUGCCUCUGGCCCUCUGGCCAUAAGCCUAAUUGGAGAUGGAGAGCUGCAGCACACCUUCAAUUGCCUUGUAUGUAAAAACACUAAGCUUCCAAUAUGUGUAAACACACUACAGAUUGUAUAUAACAUAUAUAGAUUUUGCAAAGCUGGCUACCUUGAAACACCCCUGGCUAUGAUUGCUAGGGACCAUUUUAUUUACCAGCUAUUUCUGAGGAAAAGUCAACAUGUAUUCAGUAUAGUAGGAUCCUAAAAUCCAUUUGAAAAACGCAAAUGUGUAACUUGCUCAAGGUUUCAUUGUGAUUAACUACUGACAUAACUAGUUGCAGGACCGUACAUAUCUCAGUCCAAGCUCAGUUUUCACCAAAUGGUGGUUAUUCUUCCCCAAAAAAAAAAAAAAAAAAGAUUUUCACAGCAAAAUAAAGAUUUACAUUGCUUUUUUAUCUUAAGUUCUUCAAGAAUGUACAGCUGUCUGGUAUUCCCAGAGGGGGACAGCAUCACUCUCCCUCUAGUUCAGUGUCCAGGUACUAUUCAAAUCUUAUCUCUGCUGCCUCCACCCAAAAGGCGGCUUUAAAAGGCUGAUAAAUUCUCACCAGGUCUGCGAGUUUUAUUUCCAUUUACAACACGAGAAUAUAUUUAGAAGUAUUUUUUCUGAGCAAGAGGCACUCCUACACAGAACUAAAAGCUGCUUUUGCUUCAUAUACCCAAUGUACGUUCAGCAGAUUGGCCGAGGAAGGGGAAAGGAACUACUAAAAUGAGGUUAUGAUGGGCAAGUCUGAGCAUACAUACUCAGUUCAAACAAACACACCCUAGACUGUAGUCACACAGGCCCUGUUCCUGCCCAAGUCAUCUGACCGCCAUCUCUCCCUUGGUGCAGGCAAAUUAUGUAAUUCUGGGAAGCUACUAACUAGAUCUCUUGAGUAUUUUACAACUAAACUGAUUUAAGGAUUCCCUGCAUGUUGAUUUUUAACUUAAGAACAAGAGUGGUGUAAAUAUAUACUGAGUGACUGGACACAUUUUGACACGUAUAAAAAAUACCCGCUAUGGGAAUACAUACAGGGUCCAUGUGUAUAAUCCUUUAUCUGAGCAUUGGCUCUGGGUCUUUCCCUUCAUGUUGUAAAAAUUCAUUGUAUUAUGUAAAACUGUUGAAUUCAUUUGUGGUGCAAUAAAUUUUUUUUUGAUUAAAGCUCUUAAAUCUA